AUGUCUUGUCCCAUUCUGCCGGAGCUGGGAAAACCCGUAGCAUUGCGAAUCCUCGUGCUCCAGAGCAACCAAAUCAGGUUAGGUG